AUGGUUCUCUGCUCUGAUCCACACCCUCUUCGCUGGAGCCUGUUGGCUGGCACCACGCCCAGCCAGGCCCUUGACUCCCUGCUGCAUGGUACAGAAAAAAGGCCCAGCUCAUUUCUAACUCACUCCUCCAUGGUGCCUAAGUUCCUGCUGCACAGGUUAUUUUUUGUUGCCAAGCUAUCAGAAAGAGCAGACAGGCGAGACAUUACAGGUUACCAUGAAAGACUGUUUCAGAACAUAUUAAAAUACCACCUAGGAGAACCAGUCUCAGGUCUACUUCUCCUCUAUCCCAGCUCCAUUCUUCAUAUACUAGAGUCCUCCAGCGGCACAUUAUAUCAGAUCCUCCAAGAUCUAGCUUCUCUCCAGAAGCAAGGCUCUAGUGCUUUGUUACAGGAAAUUAAGAUUUUAGUGGUGUCCCACAACAUCCCUACCAGGCUCUUCCUGCAGUGGUAUGUCACAAUGGUGACACUGCCUGUGACCUACCUAGAAGAUGUGACACAGUCACAGUCUGCAGAAGAGGUGGUCACUGAAUGUCUUACGCUCCUCCUCAAACUGGGAACAUACCUUUCAAAGACUUUCAAGGUGAGCAGUAAGGGACUGGGUGACAAUCUACACACCCUUGUUCCAGAACUUCUAAUCCCAGCAGAAACAAUUAACUACUUGUUCAAGGCAAAAGAAUUUAUGAGUCCGGAAGCAUUUCUGAAAAUGUAUAACAAUCCUUUACAGCCUGCCAUGGCUUCAGAAACUGUGUGGCCUACCCCUUGUCACUUGUAUCCAUGAUACACCCGACUAAAGUACUUCCUCCUUAGCAUUGUCAUGUUUUCAUCAUUUACAAAACACACACACAAUUCAAGGGGGCCUUGAAGGGUAACAAAGUGACCAAGCUACCAUGAAUGCUGGAUAUACUUAUCUUUUAGAGACAAUACACUUUUAACCUAACAUUCUUCCUGGAGACCAGUGGAAGUAUGAAGGAGGAGCUUCUAUGCAGUAGGAGAGGGUCGGGAAGAGAGCUUCAAUGUAAGUCGUGUUAUCUGACAUAUAAAAUGUGAAUAAAUAGACUUUCAAGGACAGUGUGAAACUAUGGAAUGUGACUAUCACGGUGCAUGAAUUAAACCAAAAAAUUCAGAGGCAGGGUCAAAUAGAUAUGAGUAGCACACGAGCUUGUAUACAAAAGAAUACAAAUUAUGACUAUCAUACAAGUGUGAUUAAAGGACUAGAAAACAACCUCAGAAGAUUGGAAAAAGAGAAGAUGGAGGGGACUCAACACUUUUCAUGUAUGUAAAGGAGGCCCUGCUUUACAUACAAGGAGGGGGGGAAAAAAUCAUUUUUCUUAACCUCUUGAGGACAGGA